GGAGUGGUCUAAAACAGUAGACUUGUAUCAGUUUUAAGGGUGGCACUGAGAACAGUAGGCCCACAGAUACAGGUUUUAUUGGGAAAUAAAAUACAGCUCUUAUCUCAUUGUAAAGGUUUUAUAAUUUGUACUUUCUUUUAAAAAAAAGAAGAUGUAUCCCUUAUCACGUUACUGUCUGUCAUGAUUAUACUACAUUGACCAUCAGGCAUUGCGACAGGAGGAGUGCUUCUUGGGUAAAGAGGAGGACAACAAACUCAGGGAAACACGUGGCCAGCCUGUGGUUUAGUGUAAAUCAUUUCUCGGGAAUUAUAUCACUGUAAUAUUGGUUGAAAAUUAACGAAAUGUAUCUGUCUAAGGAUCAGACCAAAAAAAACAACGUCACUUGCAUAAGGAAUAGAGCAGAUGUUAUAUAUAACUUUAAAGUCUCCUUUUUCACUAUGAGUCAACUGCCAAAUUUCCCAUGGAAUUUCCUUGAAAGGGAGCUCGAGAACGACAGUUCAUCAGAAAUUAUUCUAGACAUUCUAAAGCAGACAUGCCUUCAUCCACUGUGCUGUAAACAUCCUCCCUCAGUAAGAUAUAGGAGACAGUUUUUGUCUCAGCUCAUCAAAAGGCAUGAAGCCAGUGAGCGCGAGCCCCUAGAUGAGCUCUAUGAUGCACUGGGUGAAGUCCUGGGGGUAGAGGAGGGGACAGAGUGCUACAAGAGCUAUUUACUGCCGUGUGGAGAAGCAGUGAGUCUAUCAGAGAGUACAGCUGUGAUCUCUGAGGGGACUACAGGCCUGGUCACAUGGGAGGCUGCUCUUUACCUGGCUGAAUGGGCUCUGGAGAACACACACGUCUUCACUGACAGGUUGGUACACUACUGUGUGUGUUAUGUCAUUGUGUUCUGUCUGGAGAACACACACGUCUUCACUGACAGGUUGGUACACUACUGUGUGUGUUAUGUCAUUGUGUUCUGUCUGGAGAACACACACGUCCUCACUGACAGGUUGGUACACUACUGUGUGUGUUAUGUCAUUGUGUUCUGUCUGGAGAACACACACGUCCUCACUGACAGGUUGGUACACUACUGUGUGUGUUAUGUCAUUGUGUUCUGUCUGGAGAACACACACGUCUUCACUGACAGGUUGGUACACUACUGUGUGUGUUAUGUCAUUGUGUUCUGUCUGGAGAACACACACGUCCUCACUGACAGGUUGGUACACUACUGUGUGUGUUAUGUCAUUGUGUUCUGUCUGGAGAACACACACGUCCUCACUGACAGGUUGGUACACUACUGUGUGUGUUAUGUCAUUGUGUUCUGUCUGGAGAACACACACGUCCUCACUGACAGGUUGGUACACUACUGUGUGUGUUAUGUCAUUGUGUUCUGUCUGGAGAACACACACGUCCUCACUGACAGGUUGGUACACUACUGUGUGUGUUAUGUCAUUGUGUUCUGUCUGGAGAACACACACGUCCUCACUGACAGGUUGGUACACUACUGUGUGUGUUAUGUCAUUGUGUUGUGUCUGGAGAACACACACGUCCUCACUGACAGGUUGGUACACUACUGUGUGUGUUAUGUCAUUGUGUUGUGUCUGGAGAACACACACGUCCUCACUGACAGGUUGGUACACUACUGUGUGUGUUAUGUCAUUGUGUUCUGUCUACAACUCAUGCUGUGGUUACUACUCGUCAUCUCAAUCUGGUGUGUAAUGUGAGUGUCCUCUCCCUGUGUGUGUGUGUGUGUGUGUGUGUGUGUGUGUGUGUGUGUGUGUGUGUGUGUGUGUGUGUGUGUGUGUGUGUGUGAGUCCUGUCUCUGCUCUCUCCUCCUACAGGACAGUCCUAGAGCUGGGCUGUGGUGUAGGGUUGACUGGUAUAGCAGUGUGUAGGUCCUGCUAUCCCUCCAGCUACGUGUUCAGUGACUGUCAC